AUUGGAGGAGGCGCGCGGGCGGCAGCCAAUAAGGCGCGGCGCAGGGCGGGGCCGUGCGGCUUCGGACGGGAGUGGGCAGCGGCGGCCGAGAGCGGAGGCUGCAGCCGAUACGGGCCGGCGGACGGACGGAAGGGCGCGGCAGAAAAUUAUGCUGGAAGGCUUCCACAAUGAACACCCCUGGAAGACACCGGUUUGAUUCUGUGGAAGAGGAAAGAGAUUACUGGAAGGAGCAGGCCACGAAACACAAGCAGUGUGCCGAGAAUGCCCAGGAAGAGUUGCGGGAGUUUCAAGAAGGGAGCCGGGAAUACGAAGCCGAGCUGGAGGCCCAGUUGCAGCAGGUAGAAUCCCGGAACAAGGACCUCCAGUCGGAGAACAGUCGGCUUCGGAUGGAAAUUGAGGCCACAAAGGGGAAGCUGGCGGGGCAGCAGUCGGAGGGCUACCGGCAGAUCUCUACCCUGGAGGAGGAGCUGGCCCAGACCAAAGCUGCCAGGGAUCACCUGCAGAAGUACAUCCGCGAACUGGAGCAGGCAAACGAUGACCUGGAAAGAGCCAAGAGGGCCACAAUUAUGUCUUUGGAAGACUUUGAGCAGCGCAUGAACCAGGCCAUCGAACGGAACGCCUUCCUGGAGAGCGAACUCGACGAGAAGGAGAACCUGCUGGAAUCGGUGCAGCGCCUGAAAGACGAAGCCCGGGAUUUGCGCCAAGAGCUGGCCGUGCAGCAGAAGCAGGAGAAGCCAAAGGUGUCGGAGGAAGGGCCACCAGAAACAGAGCAGAUGGAGACGGACAUCCAAGCAACCAGGCUGCCACCUUCGACCCCCAGAGCCCACAGAAGGUCGAGUGUGGGACUAAGUACCCCUGCGACAUUCAGGAGAGGUUUGGAGGACAGCUACUGUGCCACCCCCCUGACACCAGCGGUCCGGAUUUCAGUUCUCAACAUUGUGGGAGACCUGCUGCAGAAAGUGGGGGCGCUGGAAUCGAAACUGGCCUCGUGCCGCCACUUUGUGUAUGACCAAACUCCUUACCGAGGUUCCUUCCCGUCACCCGUCUGUUUCGGCGGAGACGCCAUGGACCGGCGGCUGAGCAGGCCACACGGGUUGGUGACACGGCUUGAGAUGGGCACGCGGCCCAUGACUGUCCCGGUGCCUGUGGGCCUCCCACCCCAAGGAGUGGUCCAGAUGCUCCUCUGAGGGACCCCAAAGUGCGCUUCCCACUGAGAUGUGGGGCUUUUUUGUUGUUUUCUCCAACUCAUAAUAGGAUACUAACGGACAGUAACUCAUCAGUGGCAAAAGGGAAGAGGUGGGGCAGAAGACCCCUAACGGAGAGAAGAAACUUCACUGACUCCUGCCUGGCUUGGGGGUGGGGAGGGGCGGUUCAUCAGGCAGUGCCAGGACAGAGCACUGCUGAAGUACAAGGAACAACGUUCCUGCAAAGAAGGCAAGCCUGCUUUGACGUUCUACGAAGGGCAUUGCCCCACAACUUGGACACAACACACACACACACGCCGGAUAUUUGGGAUGUUCUCCCAUUGCCUCACAGCUUGGACACAACACACACACACCCAGGAUAUUUGCCUGCCCCGCUGAGCCCUAGCAGUUCAUACUGCUCCAUAUGUACGGCCACUGGACUCCGGAUCUGCGUGCAAAAAUGCACCCGUUGGCAUAAACCACUGUUGGCAAUUGCUGCAGGGAAAAGGGCGCCUCUUCUGGGGCCAGGAGAACUCGCAUCUGCCAAAUCUCAUUUUCCCUCUUUGAGGAUUUGAAUGUCAGCUGAGGGCACAGCCGGCUCUCUUUGUAAGCGCCUUCUACUUUUUUUCCCUUGGCCAACGCCCCAGAAGGACCAAGGGACACCAAAUGACCAUUUAUUUUGUUUUCUUUAAAAAAGGGAGAUCAUUUCUUUCUCUAGGCCUGCAUGCCUGGCCGUGCUGCUCUGCUGAUCUUGCAGGGCUGUGACUUGAGUCUGCCUGUGUUCAAAGGGUUCUGGAAUUUAACUUCAGGCUUCAUAACACUAGACCAGGCCGUGUUUUUGUACUGAAGCUCACGUUGUAUGAUAUAAACCAAGGUACAAAGUG